GGAGCCCCUUCCCCCCAGAUUUCCCCCCCCCCCCCCACGCGGGAGGAGGGGGCCCGGACAGCCCCCCCCCCCCCCUCAAAAUGGCCAAAUCUUAUGACCACCUUUUCAAACUCCUCCUGAUCGGGGACAGCGGAGUGGGCAAGACUUGUCUCAUCAUCCGCUUCUCCGAGGACAGCUUCAGCGGCACCUACAUCAGCACCAUCGGCAUCGAUUUCAAAAUCCGGACUGUGGAAGUGGAGGGUAAAAGGAUUAAAUUGCAGGUUUGGGACACGGCUGGCCAGGAGAGGUUCAAGACCAUUACAACCGCCUACUACCGAGGAGCCAUGGGAAUUAUUCUCGUCUACGACAUCACGGAUGAGAAAUCCUUCGAGAACAUUCAAAAUUGGAUGAAGAGCAUCAAAGAGAAUGCCUCAGCCGGCGUGGAGCGCCUCCUGCUAGGGAACAAGUGUGAUAUGGAGAUGAAGCGCAAAGUCUCCCGGGACCAAGCCGAGAAGCUGUGCAGGGAACACGGGAUCAAGUUCUUUGAGACCAGCGCCAAGUCCAGCUUGAACGUGGAGGAGGCGUUCAAUACUUUGGCUCGCGACAUUCUUCUCAAAUCGGUCAAGAAAUCGGCUCAGCUCCCCAAGAGGCCUCCGGAACUGAAAGCCACACCCAAAACCAGCUCCAAGUGCUCCUUGCUGUAACCGCCAGCCAGCCCGUUCGGAAACAUCCCUAUCCCGGGCCCCGUUUGGCUUGGGUGGGGCUGUUUCUCCCCUCUGCCACCCCGAGACUCCCAGUCGUUUCGGGCUGGAUCCUGGAAGGACUUGGACACCAUUUCCCUGACUUCUUCAUCAUCGUCGUGGUUUUCCAUUUGGGGACUCUGCCUUUUAAUCUGUGCAGGAUAAAUAAUAACAGAUAAUCCGAGUUGGAAGGGACCUUAUAGGUCAUCUAGUCCAACCCCCCGCCCAAGCGGGAGACCCUACACCAGGAAGAGGGAAGGAGAGUUUGGGGAGGGAGGGAGGGAGGGAGUCCCAGAGCUGAAGAGGGAGAGGUUGAAAAAUUGGGGAGGGGGUAUUAAUAACGGGGGGUGUCGGCUUCCCCUCCCCAAAUCCCUGCAUUCGCCAGACAUUUCGGCCAGCCGAUGUUUGUCAAAGUUUGCAACUUUAAAAUAGGCGAACUUCCAACUCCCAGCCUUGCUAGCUGGGGAAUUCUGGGAAUUGGAAGCCCACCCAUCUUGAAAGUUGUUAAAAUAGAAUAAAAAAUACCAAGCCCUGUAGCUCCGCGGUGCCUUUAAAUAGACAUAGGAAAGAAUCAGAUUGGGAAUCUCACAGCGGGAGGAGAAAAAUCUUU